AUGGGUCCGAAAAAGGUAUCUGCCCGGCCACUUGCAUGGGCGUGUGUUUCUUGUACCGGUGGCUUGGAAGCUAGUAGCUGGCCCACAACAAAAGGUAAGAGGAAGACUUUUUGUUUCUCUUACAGUGCGAUUCUAUUAUUUCUCCAGGCCACCUUGCGUAUUGAAAGUAUUGAACCAGCCAUGAUUGUGGGCGGUGAACCCGAGGUGGUCCUGCAGUUCAAUCCCCGUCAAGCCCAACCCAUUUCAGGGGAGACAGUUCCCUUGGCACUUCGCUCUCACAUUCUGCCAAACACAUGGAAGAGAUUCUGUGAUCAUGCUGCAGAGAUAGCACAGGAAGAAAGAAGAAAGAGCUAUACACGAGCCUUUCUCUCUGGUUUCUUCUUUAUCAUGCUUUUUACCGGGAUAUCAUUCCUCAUUGUUCCGUUCGUUUCGGGGCUUGACACAAACGACCAGGAAACGAAGUACUACCUCGCAAUAGGGGGAGGAAUCAUUGUAAUUGCUUGGUGCCUGAUGUCGAUCCCUUGUCAUAGACCAGACUUGCUUGAACGCCGCAUGAAGAGACUCUGCCAAGACCUGUCACAGAGGGUUCCCACCAUAGCUGCGCAUUUCAGGAACAUCAGACGGGAACAAGUGCUGGGCACAGAACACAGGAGCAACAGCUAUAACAGCAACCGUAACACCCACUACAUGAUUGAGAUUCACUGCAUGGAUACGAUCGAGGACCCUUUCGGAGAUUCCGUCAUUGUUUCUGCUGCUGUUACUGUACAUCAGUUUUAG